AUGAAGGAGGAGUUGAUUUGUAAAUUGAAGUCAAUAUGCCAGAGGAAAUGUCGAGAAGUGAAACUGAACCAUAAACAAAAUAUGUUAAUUGGUGGAGGAUCUUCAGAUGUCUUGAAUAUCAAUGUCAAGUACAUGUAUAUGUUUAUUGGUGGAGGAUCUUCAGAUGUCUUGAAUAUCAAUGUCAAGUACAUGUAUAUGUUUAUUGGUGGAGGAUCUUCAGAGGUCUUGAAUAUCAAUGUCAAGUACAUGUAUAUGUUUAUUGGUGGAGGAUCUUCAGAGGUCUUGAAUAUCAAUGUCAAGUACAUGUAUAUGUUUAUUGGUGGAGGAUCUUCAGAUGUCUUGAAUAUCAAUGUCAAGUACAUGUAUAUGUUUAUUGGUGGAGGAUCUUCAGAUGUCUUGAAUAUCAAUGUCAAGUACAUGUAUAUGUUUAUUGGUGGAGGAUCUUCAGAUGUCUUGAAUAUCAAUGUCAAGUACAUGUAUAUGUUUAUUGGUGGAGGAUCUUCAGAUGUCUUGAAUAUCAAUGUCAAGUACAUGUAUAUGUUUAUUGGUGGAGGAUCUUCAGAUGUCUUGAAUAUCAAUGUCAAGUACAUGUAUAUGUUUAUUGGUGGAGGAUCUUCAGAGGUCUUGAAUAUCAAUGUCAAGUACAUGUAUAUGUUUAUUGGUGGAGGAUCUUCAGAGGUCUUGAAUAUCAAUGUCAAGUACAUGUAUAUGUUUAUUGGUGGAGGAUCUUCAGAUGUCUUGAAUAUCAAUGUCAAGUACAUGUAUAUGUUUAUUGGUGGAGGAUCUUCAGAUGUCUUGAAUAUCAAUGUCAAGUACAUGUAUAUGUUUAUUGGUGGAGGAUCUUCAGAUGUCUUGAAUAUCAAUGUCAAGUACAUGUAUAUGUUUAUUGGUGGAGGAUCUUCAGAUGUCUUGAAUAUCAAUGUCAAGUACAUGUAUAUGUUUAUUGGUGGAGGAUCUUCAGAUGUCUUGAAUAUCAAUGUCAAGUACAUGUAUAUGUUUAUUGGUGGAGGAUCUUCAGAUGUCUUGAAUAUCAAUGUCAAGUACAUGUAUAUGUUUAUUGGUGGAGGAUCUUCAGAGGUCUUGAAUAUCAAUGUCAAGUACAUGUAUAUGUUUAUUGGUGGAGGAUCUUCAGAGGUCUUGAAUAUCAAUGUCAAGUACAUGUAUAUGUUUAUUGGUGGAGGAUCUUCAGAUGUCUUGAAUAUCAAUGUCAAGUACAUGUAUAUGUUUAUUGGUGGAGGAUCUUCAGAUGUCUUGAAUAUCAAUGUCAAGUACAUGUAUAUGUUUAUUGGUGGAGGAUCUUCAGAUGUCUUGAAUAUCAAUGUCAAGUACAUGUAUAUGUUUAUUGGUGGAGGAUCUUCAGAUGUCUUGAAUAUCAAUGUCAAGUACAUGUAUAUGUUUAUUGGUGGAGGGUCUUCAGAGGUCUUGAAUAUCAAUGUCAAGUACAUGUAUAUGUUUAUUGGUGGAGGAUCUUCAGAGGUCUUGAAUAUCAAUGUCAAGUACAUGUAUAUGUUUAUUGGUGGAGGAUCUUCAGAUGCCUUGAAUAUCAAUGUCAAGUACAUGUAUAUGUUUAUUGGUGGAGGAUCUUCAGAUGUCUUGAAUAUCAAUGUCAAGUACAUGUAUAUGUUUAUUGGUGGAGGAUCUUCAGAUGUCUUGAAUAUCAAUGUCAAGUACAUGUAUAUGUUUAUUGGUGGAGGAUCUUCAGAUGUCUUGAAUAUCAAUGUCAAGUACAUGUAUAUGUUUAUUGGUGGAGGAUCUUCAGAUGUCUUGAAUAUCAAUGUCAAGUACAUGUAUAUGUUUAUUGGUGGAGGAUCUUCAGAGGUCUUGAAUAUCAAUGUCAAGUACAUGUAUAUGUUUAUUGGUGGAGGAUCUUCAGAGGUCUUGAAUAUCAAUGUCAAGUACAUGUAUAUGUUUAUUGGUGGAGGAUCUUCAGAUGUCUUGAAUAUCAAUGUCAAGUACAUGUAUAUGUUUAUUGGUGGAGGAUCUUCAGAUGUCUUGAAUAUCAAUGUCAAGUACAUGUAUAUGUUUAUUGGUGGAGGAUCUUCAGAUGUCUUGAAUAUCAAUGUCAAGUACAUGUAUAUGUUUAUUGGUGGAGGAUCUUCAGAUGUCUUGAAUAUCAAUGUCAAGUACAUGUAUAUGUUUAUUGGUGGAGGAUCUUCAGAUGUCUUGAAUAUCAAUGUCAAGUACAUGUAUAUGUUUAUUGGUGGAGGAUCUUCAGAUGUCUUGAAUAUCAAUGUCAAGUACAUGUAUAUGUUUAUUGGUGGAGGAUCUUCAGAGGUCUUGAAUAUCAAUGUCAAGUACAUGUAUAUGUUUAUUGGUGGAGGAUCUUCAGAGGUCUUGAAUAUCAAUGUCAAGUACAUGUAUAUGUUUAUUGGUGGAGGAUCUUCAGAGGUCUUGAAUAUCAAUGUCAAGUACAUGUAUAUGUUUAUUGGUGGAGGAUCUUCAGAGGUCUUGAAUAUCAAUGUCAAGUACAUGUAUAUGUUUAUUGGUGGAGGAUCUUCAGAUGUCUUGAAUAUCAAUGUCAAGUACAUGUAUAUGUUUAUUGGUGGAGGAUCUUCAGAUGUCUUGAAUAUCAAUGUCAAGUACAUGUAUAUGUUUAUUGGUGGAGGAUCUUCAGAUGUCUUGAAUAUCAAUGUCAAGUACAUGUAUAUUUUUAUUGGUGGAGGAUCUUCAGAUGUCUUGAAUAUCAAUGUCAAAGUGCAUUGCUUAGAUGAUGAUGAUGGUGGUAGUGCUGAUGGUGGUCUGGUUGACCAUGGUGAUAUUGAUGAUAUUAAUGGUGUAGAUGUCGAUGAUAAUAAGGAGGAUGACUGUGGUGAUGGUGAUGAUGAUUAUUGUUGUAGUGAUUAA